CCGGAAGUCUGUUAACUGCUAUUGUGGGUGUGAUCCACGAGGGUUGGCGCAGCUAGGGUGCUGCUUUGGGGCUCCUGUCACGAGGGUCGGACAAGCGUCCUGCGGAGGAUGGACUUCCCCAGCUCCCUCCGUCCCACGCUGUUUAUGACAGGCCCCCUUGGACUGAGUGAUGUCCCUGACAUGUCCUUCAUGUGCAGCUGGAGAGAUGCACUGACCCUUCCAGAGUCCCUGCCCCAGACCUCCAAGAAUGGGACACCACAUUUGGCCAAGGGCCUGCUCUGGGAGCCGGACACUCCUGGGCCCCUUCCCUUGCUGCCUCCUGGUCCCGAUCCCUGGGACCCUGGCCUGACUGCCCAGGACCUGCUUUGCCGGGGAGGUCCCAAGUUCCGGAGACAGCCCAAAGCUGUGCUGGAUGUUACUGAGCAGUUCAGCCGGUUCCUGUGGGACCAUGGGGACAUAGCCUUUGCACCCCUGGGGAAACUGAUGCUGGAGAAUUUCAAGCUGGAGGGAGCACGGAGCUACUCUAAGAAGAAGACAGUGGUCAGUGUGCAGAGGAUACUCCAGGACCUCGGUGGACACCAGCCCUGGGGGUGUCCCUGGGCUUGCUUCAGCCACCGACAGCGCCGGUUCUCCAUCCUCGGGGACCCGAUCCUGGGCAAGUCAGUGUCGAACCUCCUGGGAGAGCUGCUGCACGAGGAACUGGUGAUGCGGUGGGAGCAGCUGCUCCUAGAUGAUGCCUUCACCGGAGGCGCACUGGCCUGGCUGCCCGGAAGGACGCCCCGGGUCAGGCAGCUGGUCUACCCUGCAGGAGGUGCCUUGGACAGGCUGCAUUUCCAAGAGGUUCGCCUGACCCCAGGCGGUGACCCUCGGAUCCUUGGGAAACCUGGCCACAUCCAGCUCCGGGGACCUGUCCGGCAGGUGGUGACCUGCACCGUGCAGGGAGAAUCUCUGCUGGCUGUCCGCUCUGACUACUACUGUGCCCUAUGGAACGUCAGUAAGCAGGGGCAGCCCUCCCCUCUCCAGGUGCUGCAGGUCGAGAAGGGGGCCACAGGGGUCAACCUCAGCCCUCACCUGCCUGGGGAGCUGGUUGUCUGCAGCCGUUCGGGAGUCGUCUGCCUGUGGACACCCCAAGAUGGGCUUCAGCAGAUCUAUAAGGAUCCUGAGACCCUUGUGUUUCGAGACCCCUCUCCCUGGCGUUGGGCCGACUUCACCGCCCACCCUCGGGUGCUGACUGUGGGCGACCGCACUGGAGUGAAAAUUAUCGACACCCAGGGCCCACCAGGUUGCGGUUUGCUGCUUUUCCGUGCGGGUGCAGAAGCAUCAUGCCAGAAGGGGGAACGUGUCCUGCUAACCCAGUACCUGGGGGAAUGUGGCCCUGAUUCUCUGCAGCCCACACUCCAUCUCAUCUGUACCCAGUUCUCACUCUACCUGGUGGAUGAACGCCUCCCCUUGGUGCCCAUGCUGAAGUGGGACCACGGCCUCCCCUCUGCUCCCCUCCUGGCCCAGCUGCUGCCUCCACCCCGCCCUGGCUGCCCGAGGCCACUGCUUCUCGGAGGCCACGGCGGCCAGCUGCAGCUGCUGCACAUCACAGGGGAGGGGGCCUCCAUGCCCCGGCUGGCAGGGCCGCCCCAGUCUCUCCCUUCCCGGAGCGACUCCCUCUCCGCAUUCCCCCUGCUGGAGCCCAAGAGUCAGCAACAGCUGCAGGAACGUCUACAAGCACCAACUAUAGGUCUGGUUGCCACCCUUCCACCCUCUGCCUCCACACCAGUCUUGUCGCUGUUCCAACUCUCAGCAGCUGGGGAUGUCUUCCACCAGCGCCUCCAUCUUCGGGAGGACUCCCGGUCCCCUGGAGACCCCAGGCCCAACUUCCACGCCCCCACAGCUUCCUGGAGCCCCCGUGCCACUACUUGUUGCCGCAGGUGGCUGAAGGCCCUCCUGGAGGUGCCUCCGGCUCCCCCUGUGUGGGCCGCACCCACCUUUUCCCACCGCCAUCUGCUGGGCCUCAAGGAGCAGCGGAAGGUUGAGGGGAAAGUGCCAGAGGGUCUUCGGGCAGCCAUGGCCGAAGGGCGGCUGCUGCAGCAGAGGGACCUGGGCUCGCUCCCCACGGCAGAGCCACCCCCGGCCCCUGAGCCAGGCCCCAAGGAUGAGCUCAGUGAGCGGUUGGAGGAAGCCUGGGAAGGCCCGGCGGCUGCCUGGUGGGAGCGGCAGCAGGGCAAGGGCUCCGGGCCCAGGAAACAGCCCAAGCGACACAAGCGUCGGAUGCAGCUGUCCAGUACCUUCUCCUCGCUCAGCGGCCGCCUGGACCUCUCAGAUGCCACCAGUCCCCCUCACAGCCCUGACCGGACAUCCCCUGUGUCCAGGCCUCAGCUCCCAGAGACCUUGCCCUCCCAGGAGUUGACUCAGGAUCUGUGGGCCCGAGGCAUCCCCUCAGAACGGCAGCAGACUCUCCGGGACUAUAUGGCCAAGCUACCCCUUCAAGGGGACACCCCAGAAGGUGUCUCCAUACCGCCCUCCCAGACCUCCAGCAUCCAGGCUACCCCCUCCAGGCAGCAGACUCUCCAGGACUGCACAGCUGAGCUGCCACACCAAAGGGACACCCUGAGAGGUGCCACUGUGCCCCCUUCCCAGACCUCCAGCAUCCAGACCACCCCUUGCAGACAACAGGCCCCUCGAGACUGUGCAGCCAAACUGUCACUCCAGAGAGACACACUAGGGGGUGCCGCCAUGCUCUCUUCCCAGACCUCCAGCCUCCGUACCACCCGCUCCAGGCGGCAGACUCCUGUCCUCUCCGGCUCUCAGCCACGCCGGAAGAAGCCCCGCAUGGGCUUCUGAGGGCCUGAGAAAGCUGCUCCCCCACCUCCGCGGAGCCUCGGUCCUGGACCGGCUGUGCCUUCUCUGACUGAAACUUUGGGAACGUCUCAGGGUGCAGGCUUCUCUGCUUCCUGAAGGCCACUGUGGCUGGAGACACGCACAGAUGAUGUGGAGCCCAGUCGGAGGGACAGGAACUUCCUGUAGUUUGUUUUGCCUGAAGAUGCUAACAAAGGCAGGUUCCCUCCAGGAGCAGCGCUGUGCUUGAAGCAGGGCCUCCAGUCAGGCCGUGGGCUCCAGCUCAUGCAGGCUGUGUCCCCAGUGUCCCCAGUGACAGGGUGAGACAGUGAAAGGGGACACGGAGCAGCUGCUGGUGCUGUGGGUGUCAGCAGCUGCCGUGGGCUAGUUGGUGUGUGUGAAGCAAUUUCUACCAUGAGGGAGAUGCUUUGGGCCUGCUUUUAGGGACUGAAUAAACUCAUCACUUGAACAUGGUUUUGAGUGAUGCAGUUUAUAG